AGAGAAGAGAAUGGCGGAAGGGCUGAACAGAGAACAGUACGUGUACCUUGCCAAGCUCUCGGAGCAGGCGGAGCGGUACGAGGAGAUGGUGGAGUUCAUGCAGAAGGUGGUGGUGGGGUGGACUCCAGCGACGGAGCUUAGCGUGGAGGAGCGCAACCUACUCUCGGUCGCUUACAAGAACGUCAUCGGCUCCCUGCGUGCGGCGUGGCGGAUCGUUUCUUCGAUCGAGCAGAAGGAAGAGGGUCGCAAGAACGAGGAACACGUGGCGCUCGUCAAGCAAUACAGAUCCAAGGUGGAGACGGAGCUCUCGAACGUGUGCGCCAGCAUCCUAAACCUCUUGGACUCCAACCUCGUCGCCUCUGCCUCCAACACCGAGUCCAAGGUCUUCUAUUUGAAGAUGAAGGGCGAUUAUCACCGCUAUCUCGCUGAAUUUAAGGUUGGGGAUGAGCGAAAGGCUGCAGCUGAGGAUACCAUGUUGUCUUACAAGGCUGCCCAGGACGUUGCUUAUGCGGAUCUUCCACCCACCCACCCUAUAAGAUUGGGCCUUGCUCUCAAUUUCUCGGUCUUCUACUAUGAAAUCCUCAACCAAUCUGAUAAAGCGUGUGGCAUGGCUAAACAGGCUUUUGAGGAAGCAAUUGCUGAGCUGGACACAUUGGGAGAAGAAUCCUACAAAGACAGCACGCUCAUAAUGCAGCUUUUAAGAGACAACCUUACCCUUUGGACUUCUGAUGUCCAGGACCAGCUAGAUGAGCCCUGAUAAGGUUGAUGGGUUGUAUUCUUCCUCUCAUGGAGGUGGGCUUUGAAUGUCAUCAUUUCUUUGUGCUAAAUUAAGAAUCGCCCUAGUUUAUAUAACAUGAUUGGCAAUCUGUGAUAUAAUGCUGUAUGAACAGAGACCAUGCUUCUUUUUUAUGUGUCAUAUGAUAUGAAAAUUGGAAAUGAUACUGUAUAAUGGGAUAUCGAAUUAAUUA